UUUCAGUUGUCACAAAAACAGUAGUAAUCUUUCAAAAAGAUCCACGAAAAUCGAAAAAUGUCUUCUUCAAUCCCCGAAUCCUCGGGCAAAGAGUGUUCCACACCGAGAGGCUACGGAGAAGGUGAUGGAUUCCGCCAGAACAUCUCAUCCAGGAAACGAGUUCCAGUAUCAUCAGCACGAAAGUUCAACGCCAGAUCGCCCAAAGAUCCCACCAUGAGGCUGAAGCUGGAGACGGCCUUGAAGGAAAUGACUGGGAAGAGAGCCGAGUCCACGCCGAAACGCGGCCAGCAGUGUUUGCUGAAGUCAGCAUCGGUGGCGGAGAUAACGCCCACGUCGAGCAAGUCCAAAAAAAGACUAUUUGAAGCUACUCCAGAUAAUUCCUUCGAAGUGUACGCCACGCCUCGUUUUCUGGAUAAAUCUUCUGUCAGACGUCGAUGUCAAAAUGAACGCUUCACUUGCGCCAUCUACAGACACUUAAUUUUACUAGCAUGGCGUCGUUGUCGAAAAUCCCUGAGUAAUGCCAAAGACUCAAUUCAAAGAGGAGAACACCAAGUUAGUCAGCUUAAUAUGCAAAUAAAUGUCCUGAACGAAUUGAGGGACUCCGAAGGUCAAAAAAGGGACGAGACAUUUGCCGAAUGUAAAAAACUGAAGAAGUCAAUCGAAAUUUUGGAGUUAGAAAACACUCAGCUGAUUGAAGAAAUUCAAAGUCAUCAAAUGACCAUGGAAAUAUUACAAAACGAAUUGAAAGUGUCAAAAUCAGAAAAUAACUUUUUAAGUGACCAAACUAUCAAACUGCAGGAUGUUGUGGAUAAAAUGAGAAGCGAAAGAAAAUCUCUGGAAGAACAGUUAAACCUUCAAAAGCACGACCUCUCCUCUCAAAAGAAGAUAAGCGCCAAAUUGGAAGCGGCUCUGCAAAAAUUCGAAAAAAACUUUCAAACGGCCGAGCUGAAACAGAAAACGGCAGAGGCGAAAUAUGCGCAGUUGAAAUGUGAGUUACAGAAACAAGCUGACACCAACAGUUCCCUUUGCGAAGAACUCCAGUCCGUCAAGGAAGAAAAACUGGACAUCUCCCUAAAAGUCGAAGAACUGGAAAGCAAACUGGACGAGUACAUAGAAUCCGUGGAAAAUCUAAAGGAAAUCAACGAGGAACUGGCCGUGGAAAUGAAGGAAAUGACUAUGGAACUGGAGGAGGAAAAGAAACACGCCUGGCUUAGAAAUACUAAAGAAAUCGCUUUAUUGUCAUUAUCCGCGUUACAAAAAAUCGCUAAAAUAAUUCUACCAGCUUACUUGGAAAUCAAUCAAUCGCUCUAACAGUUCUUUAAUGACAAACUUAUUUUAAUUAGGUGAUCGAUAACCAUACCAGAUGAGUUAUUAAUUCGUUUUACAGGGUGGUCCGAGUCGUAUUCGGGAAACUUAAAAAAUAAGCACAAAGUUCGUAUGAAGGGUACAGCCGGAUUAAUAUGGGAAAUCUGCCCCGCGGCUUUUUUGACUCGCACUCAAGGUAUCGAUUUGGUGUCGAAUCAAAAUAAUUCAACUAAAUUUUUAGCUCUUUAACUCAAACGGUUUUCGAGAUUUUCAAAAAAAACCGU